AUUGUGGGGGAAUCUAUAGGGUAUCCCAUGUUAAUCCGACUGGUUGCCUGCGUCAUCCACGGCCAGGAAAGGAACGGACAACAUGAUUGAAGAAAAUGACGAAAUUGACUAUAUUACACUACAUAGCCCUCGACCGGUUUACUUACAUGGAUAUGUAGCACCUUUUAUAAUUAUUUAUUCUAUUUGGGCUUAUUGUUGGAUAUUUCUCAUCGGAGUAACGGAGUACUAUGAAGCAGGCUUGAUCGCUUUUGCUGGUAUUGGAAUCUGUCAGAUUCUAAUAUGCUUAUUUUGUCACUGGUCUGUCCACGUGAAAACGUUUAUGACAUGUUCGACGACUAAGGAUGUUUUAAGGGCACGACUCAUAAAAGUCGUUCCAACUCCGAAUAAUGGAUCUCCAGAACUUGUUCUCUUGCAAAAGGGACUACAUCCAGUGACAGAGAAAUGUUACUUGUGGUUUUUUUUUCAAAAAACUAAAUAUUAUUUUGAUUUUGACGAGAAAAAGCAAUUUAAACCUCAAGACUUUCCGAUGGACUGGUCAUUUGAAAAAUAUAUGUCAUGGAAAGGAUACGAAUCUGAUGACAAUAUAAAGGAGGCUGAAUGGACUUACGGAGCGAACAAUAUGAGGAUGGAUAUACCCCAGUUUAUAGAGCUGUUUAAAGAAAGAGCUACAGCUCCUUUUUUCGUCUUUCAAGUAUUUUGUGUUGGUUUAUGGUGUUUGGAUGAAUAUUGGUACUACAGUGUAUUCACUUUGUUUAUGCUAGUGGCCUUUGAAUGUACUUUGGUACAACAGCAACUUAGGAAUAUGUCUGAGAUUCGUAAAAUGGGUAAUAAACCAUAUCAGAUAUCGUGCUACAGGAAUAGAAAAUGGCGUUCGGUGAAUAGUGAUGAAUUAAUACCAGGAGACAUUGUAUCCAUAGGUCGAUCGGAUAGUGAUAAGCUUGUUCCCUGUGAUAUGUUAUUGCUGAGGGGACCGUGUAUUGUGGACGAAUCUAUGUUAACUGGCGAAAGCGUUCCCGUAAUGAAAGAACCUAUUGAAUCGCAUGACAGUAGCACGUAUUUUGAUAUAGGCGCUCAUGGUAAAUUACAUGUUCUGUUUGGAGGAACGAAAGUUGUCCAGCAUACUCCUCCGGCGAAAACCGGAGCUGGAAUGAAAGCAAGUGAUAAUGGUUGUAUCGCCUUUGUUUUACGUAGUUCCUUCAAUACAUCACAAGGAAAAUUAUUAAGAACAAUAUUAUACGGUGUUAAACGUGUUACUGCUAAUAAUGUAGAAACAUUCUUAUUUAUUCUCUUUCUCCUAAUUUUCGCUAUUAUUGCUGCUUCCUACGUAUGGAUUAAAGGUACUGAGGAUCCAAAGAGAAACAGAUAUAAAUUAUUUUUGGAGUGCACGCUCAUCCUCACAUCAGUUGUGCCUCCGGAAUUACCUAUAGAACUUUCCUUAGCUGUAAACUCCUCUCUUAUAGCGCUUAGCAAACUCUUUGUAUUUUGCACGGAACCUUUUAGGAUACCAUUUGCUGGUAAAGUUGAUAUUUGUUGCUUCGAUAAAACUGGCACUUUGACUAGUGACAAUCUUGUCGUAGAAGGAAUUGCUGGAUUAACUGAUAGCACCGACACGGAAAUUAAACAUGUCUCAAAAUCACCAACAAAAUGUCAACAUGUACUAGCAACAUGCCAUUCCUUAGCACAGCUUGGUAGCGAUUUAGUCGGUGAUCCUCUAGAAAAGGCAACAUUAUCGGCUGUUGAUUGGAUACUUACAAAAGGCGAUGCUGUUAUACCAAACAAACAAAAAGGCCAUGGACUAAAAAUAUUUGUAAGAUUUCAUUUUUCUUCCGCAUUGAAAAGAAUGAGUGUAAUUGCUGGUCAUACGUUUGCUGGAUCUGAGACUGAAUAUAUUGUUACAGUCAAGGGUGCUCCUGAAAUGCUUAAAGAUAUGUACUCUUCUGUUCCUCCUAACUACGAGAAAACGUAUUUAGAAAUGGCUAGACGAGGAGCCCGGGUUCUUGCUCUGGGUUAUAGGAAACUUGGAGUUUUAUCUCAUCAACAGGUUCGCGAUUUGACCAGGGAAUCUGUUGAAAAAGAUUUAGAAUUUGUUGGCUUCGUUAUCAUAUCUUGCCCGUUGAAAUCUGAUUCAAAAUCAGUCGUAAAGGAAAUAGCUAAUUCAUCUCAUCUUGUUACAAUGAUCACUGGAGAUAACCCUCUGACUGCUUGUCAUGUAGCUAAAGAAUUACGUAUGAUAAAACGAGAACAAACCCUUAUUCUGACAAAUCCGAACAAGUUCCAUGAUGAAUGGCAUUGGCAAUCAGUAGACGACAGUAUAAUUUUAGAGGUUAAAACAAGUGUUCAAACUCUAAAAACGAAAUAUGACUUGUGCCUAACUGGAGAUGCUUUCCAAUAUUUAAGAACGAAUGAAAAUAAAUUUUUGAAUCAGAUUCUUCCACUUGUCAGAGUUUUGGCUAGAGUUGCACCGAAGGAAAAGGAAGCAGUUAUUACGACUCUUAAGGAUUUAGGAUUUGUUACUUUAAUGUGCGGGGAUGGAACAAAUGAUGUAGGGGCUCUGAAGCACGCCCACGUUGGUGUUGCUCUUUUGGCUAACGCCCCAGAAAAGCCACCAGGUGUUAAAGAAGAGAAGCCAUCUUAUACUAAUCACGUAGUUGAACAAGAAGAGAAGAACAAAGAUUUAAGAAAUCGAUCAAACAGUAAAACAAGCAAAUCAAAAAGUCGUGAAAUGGCAUUCCAGGCUCAUGCUGAUAAGAAACUUGGAAAUUUAUUAAAGCAAAUUGAAGAAGAGGAUAAAGCCCAAGUCGUUCGUUUAGGGGAUGCCAGUAUUGCUUCUCCAUUUACCUCGAAAUUAUCAACGACUAUGUGCGUUUGCCAUAUUAUCAAACAAGGAAGAUGUACUUUAGUAACGACAUUGCAAAUGUUUAAAAUUUUGGCUUUGAAUGCUUUAAUUCUAGCAUACAGCCAAUCGGUUUUGUAUUUGGAUGGUGUUAAAUUUUCCGAUACACAGGCAACACUUCAAGGACUCCUUUUGGCUGGAUGCUUCCUAUUCAUUUCAAGAAGCAAACCUUUAAAAAUUUUAGCCAAGGAACGACCUUUACCAAAUAUCUUCAACGUGUAUACGAUAUUUACUGUUUUAGGCCAAUUCGCCGUGCAUUUCACUAGCCUAGUAUAUUUGAAGACGCAAGCGCAAACUUUAAUGCCUAGGAAUUCUACUGAUGGUGCAUACAUCGAUCUUGAAGCAGACUUCAAGCCAAAUAUUCUUAAUAGUACAGUUUAUUUGAUAUCAAUUGCCAUGCAAGUUACUACAUUCGCAGUAAAUUAUAAGGGUCAUCCAUUUAUGGAAUCACUUAGAGAAAAUAAGCUUCUGCUUUACAGCUUGCUAGUAUCAGGAUUAUCGGUUGUACUUUUGGCUUCGGGAGUUGUUCCAGGAUUUGCUGAGAAAUUUGAACUUGUUGAAUUUGAUCCAUUGUUUAGGGAAAAUAUUCUCAAAGUGUUAGCAGUCGACUUUUUAGCUUCAUUUGCUGUUGAUAGAGUAUUGGAGUUUAUAUUUGGUCCAUCUAGGAAAAAGUCUUGA